AUGGUAGCAGUCAGAAGUACAAAGCAGUGGAGUGUGGUAAGCAAGGAGAAAGAUUUUGACGGUCUUGUGUAUGGCGAUGCCCAAGUUCUCAAAGUGGACAAGAACAAAGUUCUCGUGAAAUUCCAUGGAGAAUCGCUGAAUUAUCGUGACUUGAUCAUCCCCAAGUCUACCCUCGCCGCCCUGGCUUGUCCUAACUAUGAGCAGCUUAUGUUUGUGUCAGCAACCCUAUGA